UGGAAGCGUGCGAUUAAAGAUGACAACUAACUGAUGACAUGGCUUUUUCAUGUGUUUCAACCGGCCACACUGCCACCUGGCCCGGCCGGGCGACAAGGCGAUGCGCUUGUUGACAAGCGGCCAUGUCCCGACUGUGGCGCCGCCUAGGUACGCUGGCCCUUGCUGCCCGAGCAGCAGAAUCUGCUGCUGCACAUCCUGUGUUGUUCACGAGCGGCUUCGCUGUGCUCGUCACCGUUGUGUUCUCGUUAGUGCGGCUCGUGUCGCCUCCACCCGUGCCGUUGCGUACGAGUUCCGCCGUUGCUGUUACAUCUGCCGCCACCGCUGCGUGCGGUGCUGUCCGAAUUCGGUGUCGUGCAGGGGCUUCUCUUGUGUAGCCGUCGUGGCCUAGUCCUUUGUACCGAGCUGUUUUGUGUGUAGCUAAAUCUGAAGUGUGUGUAGGCCGCUUUCUCCGUCUCUCUCUGUGCUUAUCACACAGAGUGUGUUUGCCCCAACCGUUUUUGUGUGUGUGUGUGUGUGUGUGUGCGUGCGUGUGUGUGCAUAUUGCCGUGUAGUCGUUGUCUGUUGUCGCGUUUUUUGUGGCCGACGAAAAACCGUGGCUAAAAAAAAACAACCUCUUGAGGUGGAGCUGAAACAGCGGCAGCAAGGAUCGUCACUCGUGAGCGACUUCAGUGCGGCGGGCUAAACUGUGUCGUCUUCUAUGCUCAAAAGAUUCCCACCGGCGGAGUUUGCCAGAACGCUUUGAGAAGAAAACAGUUGGACCGAUACCGAGACUGUGACGGGAGACCCGAAUACGACGAGCCAGCGCAGCGCUGGAAGACGGCACGGCCCGUCUGGUAGCGGAAGAGUGCUGUGGUAUUUUUAGUAUCUGCUAGAACAAUAGGCCGUGCAAUGGCCAACGAAGACCUAGAUGAGUCGACACAGGACUCCGGCAAGGGGCUUAAUGGAGAUGCCAAGAAGGAUAAAAAGAAAGUGUGCAUGCAAUGCGGGGCAUUGAAAAAGAAACUAAAAUUUAAAGUGUUCUACAAAGGCGAACAAGUUCAGCUCUGCAAUGAGGAUUGCUUUAAGGCAUUCAAGGACAAACAGCCGAAAAAGAAAGACAAGUGUGAGGCAUGCCACGAGGAGAUCGACCAGAGUGGUUUCCUGUGCUCUCAUCUCGGUGCACAACAGCCUCUCUGUUCAGCAAAGUGCUUCGAAUUGACAGAACGAAAACACGCUCCAAGACGAGUAUGUUUUGUGUGUAUUAAACACCUGACCUCAGGUGAUCCUGACCUGCUACUGUGGGAGACGCUUGAAUUCUGUGGCGUACCUUGCUUGCGAAAGUAUCAACUACAAAUCGGUGCUCAGUGUGCCAAUUGUAACGUUGUCGUACAAGAAACAUCGUUGGGCAAAUACUGCGUUCGGUUUGGUGCGGACAUCCGUCAGUUCUGUACCGGAAAGUGCCUCGAAGAGUUCAAGAAAGGUCUGAAAGUGUGUGCAUAUUGUCAGAAAGACUUGACCCGAGAGAAAGUCGAACCUAUCGUGGCACAGGUUGGUGACAAGUGCGCUUUCAAAGACUUCUGCUCGAGGGAAUGCGUUAAACAUUACGAGAGCCUUACGCCCGCAAGGCCAGUUGAUCCAUCAGAAAAAUGUAAAAUUUGCUCAAAUCGGUGCCAGCCAAAACAGCUACAAUUGAAAUAUGGUAUCGAUGACAAGGAGCUAGCGUGCGCUUGCAGCGACCCGUGCGUUGCUCGAUUUCGGUAUAAUCAUAAGCUGGACGGCGGAUACUGUGAAAACUGCCACUGUUUUCGCACCCGACCAGGCGAAAGUAUUACACUACAGUUGGGCGUCAAGGGUCCACGAAAGAAGUUCUGCACAAAGACUUGUCUAAAUCUAUUCGUACUAAGUCACCGAAAAAUUGUCCCUUGUUGCUGGUGCAAAGUAAAAAAGUAUAAUUUCGAUAUGAUCGAGCGUUAUACCGCCGGUGACGUCGUCCAAUUGUUCUGCUCGAUAUACUGUUUAAAUUUGCAUAAAGCAAAAACUUCGCAGGUGGCGAGACAAACUCACCAGCCAGUUCCCGUUGUCCAGGCCCAGUUAGCAGCACAACAAGCCGCAAGUCAAACGCAUCGCGCACAGAGCCUACUGCAAAAUAAGGUUUCGGCUGUCCAACAGCAUCAGGUGCAACAAUUACUUCAACAGCAACAACAGGCCGUGGCCGCCCAACAACAGGCGGCAGCAGCUGCCGCAGCUGUUGCAGCGGCUCAACAGCAGCAGCAGCAACAAAAGCAACAACAGCAGCAACAGCAGCAACAACAACAACAACAACAACAGCAGCAGCAGCAACAGGCCGCAGCCAAAACUCAGCAAGGUUUUGUCAAAUGCGACCAGUGUGGAAAGCUAGCCCGGCCGCAAUUUCACUUGACCAUGAGCGACGCGUCAGUUCGCAACUUUUGUUGCUAUAACUGCGCGUUGUCCUUCCAAAAUUUAUUUAAGAACAAACAGCAGCAGGCAGCCGCCGCUGCAGCAGCAGCAGCCGCAGCUGCCCAGCAACAUCAGAAUCAAGCGGUCCAACAAUUGGCUGCCCAACAACAACAACAACAACAACAGCAACAACAACAACAACAGCAACAUCAGGCUCAGCAGGUGUUGCAGCACCAACAAGCUCAGCAAACUUUGCUACGUAACAAGGUCGUAUUGACUCAAACUGUCAAUUUGGCGCAAGUGCAAGCCCAGUCAGCGGCUGCUCAGGUCGUCACGCAAGCCGCAACAAAUCAAAUUAACAAGCGCCUAUCGAGUCAGCAGGCGGCGGCAGCUGCCGCAGCUGUAUCUCAACUUGCCCAACUGCCACAGGUGAAUCAGGUUGUAAGCAAAGUGUCCACUCCGGUGACUCGAGUCUUUCCGAGUAGCGCACAAAUGUCAAUCGCCCAAAGUGGAGGUCAACAAGUGACCGUCACGCAAACGGGUCAAGUGGUAACGCAGGCUAGCGGACAGGUCGCUGGAGUGGUGCAGUUACCGCCCGGAGUAGUGCAACUGAACAAUACGCCUAUUGUUGUGCGACCACCCCCGCCGAAAGAGAUGCGCAAUAAAUCUGUCCAGUGUAAACCGUCAGAGGAUGAGGACCAACGUGACAGUGACCGAAUCGAUGAGGUCGUAACAGGAAAAAGAAAACCGGUACUCAAAGGAGUUCUUCUGGAUAUCGACCAGCUACGGGGCGGCUUGGAGGGCGAAAAGUUAGUUGAAUUUGAAUCCGAGUUACAUUCAUUGGCAAAGGAGCUCGCCGAACGCCUUCUUAAGGAACCAAAGCUCAAUGGCGGUCUAAACAACUACAACGACGGGUCAAGUGGUGGCAAGAAGCGACCACGAGAUGACAAUGACGACGAUAGACAGGCCCAGAAGAAUGGCGAGUGCGAGGGCGAUAAAGAGAACAAGAAACGGUUUAAAGACGAGGGCCAAGAGCUUGUCGAUGAGGCCCUUCAACGCUGGUCGGAGUGGACAAAACAGCGGAAAACAAGCAUUGAAGGUAGUGAAUGUGAUGAAUUGAAAUUGUCGAGCGAUGAAUUUUCCAAACUAAGUGCUGAAGAGAUGAACCAGGCGCUGUGCGCAAUCGGCAAAGACACGCAGGACGACGCCAAUACCGAAGAUAUUUUGCGUCUCGAACGCCUUUUCUUGGGUCUCCAACUUCACCUCGAGCGGGUGAAGCAUAAGGCAAACAUCUUCAAUGACGGUGCAUUCUGUGCCUUUAACGACUACCUCGUCACACUCACGUCUUCUGUUGAGCCAGAGAAAGUGGAUCCGUCGAAGUUGAUUUCGGAGGAUUUAUUUUGGCGUACGAACCAACUUGGUAUGGCCUCACCCGACCUUCUUUUCAAUACCGUCGCGUUUGUCAUUGCCAAACAUGCACAGAUGUCCGAUCCCGACGCACACGAAGAGCUCAAGCUGGAAAAGGUUGUUGUAGAAACUCAAGAGGUAGAUGGAACAUCGAAGAAGAUUUUGAAAGUCAAUGACAAGGUCAUUCAGGAAAACGUCCUUAACAAGGAACGCUGCCCGGUAGCCAUCGUCGAAGCAUACAUAUCAAAAUGUGCGGCGUCUGGUCGCGGCGCGUCGAGUAGUUUCUAUCUUGAGCCGAAAAGUGCAGCUAGCAGUGCUGAAAAGUGCAAAGAAAAGAACGAUAGUGAAGACACGCCGUCAGUAACAUCGCCAGCGUCUACGGCAGACCAGCAGAGCAAAUGGUUCACCCAGGACGCUAUGGAUCGUGACGGUCUUGCCCGAGCGCUCAGCCGCUUCAGAGUGGUCAGGAUGCAUUGAAGCGCACACGGGAAGCUGGGAAAAGAUAGACAAUAAGAAAGAGGAUAUAUAUAUAUAUAUAUAAAAUAUAUGUUAUAAAUGAUAAUAGUAGAAAAGGAGUGAGGGACAGGAGACGGCGGGAGAGAAAUAGAGGAUCACACAGACAUAUUUAGGAGCAUGCUGCCUUAAACGAUACGCGGAAAGCAUGCGAGGCGUUACAAACUGUAUUUCGUAACUGUAUUGCAGUUCGAGAUUGAUGUUAACAAGAAUGGAGGUGCUUUACGAGGUUAUAACAGAAAGUUAUGUCUUAGCUCCACUCUUCGAAAUGGACUCACUCAGCCCUACACAAUUUUCGACUUGUUGCUGUUAUUGUUUUGGUUAAGGCGAAGACCGAAGCUGGUUGUUGGCGUAAAAUGGGGGAACAUAUGUGCGAUUGAGUCGACUUCAAAGGAUCCGUUUACUCGUUCAUCGCUGAGUUAUUAUCGGUUAAUAUCGGUAUCACAUCGACGGGUGAUAAAUUUUUGGCCAUCGCAGUGACGAAGACGAAGCUGUAAACUAAAACUGUGCGCCCAAGAGAGACGCAAGCUUGACGCGGUGCUUGCCGGAUGUUGAUCCCGUAUAUGGGGUUAACUAAGUGAAGGCACAGCUUGACAAUCGAAUAUAUCAUCCGUUUAUUUUUGCUCGUUUACGAAGUCUCCUUUAGGUCCGUUAGGAGUUCUUGAUUAUUGAGCACAACGUGUCUUCAAUUAUGAUGCCAGGCCGGUUUGAUAUGUCGUGUCUUUUCGUUUCUUUGAGCGCGCAGUCUCUCUGUCCCGUUUCUGGUCGAUUUUAAAACACUGUUUAACUUCUACGCUUUAUCGGAUGGUUUGUCCCUGACACCUGUGUUAUAGUACAUUGCCGUUAUAGUCCCGCGUUUAAAAAAAGACAGAACUUUUGUUUCUGUAAAAUUGUUCAUAAACAAGGAGUUGCAACCAUUACUGCGUUACAAUUGCUACCAGCAUCACAUUCUGGACCCUAUACGUCUUUAAACAUAGACAGGACCUAGAGCAAAGUGUAAGGCCAUUCUGCUAACAAAGGAAGAGUUCAUGAAAGCAGCUUUCACUGGCGUUGUGCUAGCGGUUUCUAGUACCGUUUCGGAGCCUCAUCUCAACUCCGGUAGGAUGACGUCGAAAUGAAUGGAUGGCGCCGAAGAAAAACUGAACCCCUGUAAAGUACCGUAAUCUAUGGCUCGGAGAACAUGUCGCGUAUAAGGGAAUGUUCAAGAAUGAAAAAAGGCGUGUGUGUAUCACGCUGUUCGUCUUUAUGAGACACAGGGAAGAGACUAGCAAUUUUUCCUUUUUAAAAAUCAAGAGACACGGGCGUUUUUGGCCAUUUUUUGCCUGAGGGCGGGUGUCGACCAUUAAGAAGGCACUUUUCAACAACAGAAAAUAAAUGACUGAUAAAUGUGUUCAUGUAAAACAGGAACACAUCGAUCUAAUUAUGUCUGUGUGGAUGCGCGCAGAAUAUGGGAGAAGCGUCCAGCACUACCGAAAGCGCCACUGAUGCCCCUUCCCGUUCCGGAAGUUCCGCUUUUGGAUUUUUCUUCGGCCAUUUUCCCAUUAAGCGCAGAAGACGAUGACAGAGGAUUUAUUAACUAACUAUGAGUUACGAUUAUUAUAUAUAUAUAUUAUAUCUAUUGUAGCGUUGUAGAGGAAUGUCCUUUUAGGUAGAUGGCGGUUGCUGUCUCUAGAUAGUGCUAACGACGACAAUGCAGAUAAGUAAUGAAUCAUUACUGAUAUUAUUAUUAUUAUUAUUAUUAUAUAUGAAUAAUGAGAAUAUUUAGGUUAUAUAUAUUCUGUAAUCGUAACAGGAACGUCCAGGCCGCCAGACAUAUAAAUACGAUUUGUCUUUUGGGGAUGAUGAAGCAAGGGCAUAGGCCCGUAUUUACCAAUUAACUAUGACCAUCUCUAGACAUUGGCAAGACCGCCGAAAUUAUUGUACUGGUACUUGAAAAUUUGUGAAAUUAUGUGAAAAAUGUGGCCCCAAUGUAAACGAAAAUAAGUAAAUGGCGUUGAUGUAAAAAGAAAGUUUAGAAAGUAAAAACAAAUAAGAAAAAAGCAGGCCCUAAUGGUAUCGGAUAAUUUUCAGAUGUUAAUAUUUGGCUACUAAAUAGAUCUAUUGGUAAUGACGAGCAGACAAAAUGACCAAAUUAAAUAUUUCUUAUUCUGCGAAAGAUGAUGAUAGAGUGGAUAAUGAAAGACGGCAGCAAAGCUUUGAGUAUGAAGACAAUAAAAAUAAUAAUAAUACUAAUAACUAUUAAAGAAUAAUGAUGACAAUAAUAAGAUUUAUAUGGCGAAAUCAUUCAAGAACAAUAAUAACGAUGAUGGUGUUAGUGAUAAUAAGAAUAGCAGACGAAAUAAUUUUGACAGAAUGUGGUAAACGGCAAAACUAGGGCGAAACCUAUGGACGAAUAAGUGACAAUGAAUGAAGCACGAGCUAACUACACAUAGAUAGAGCAUUGUAAAGCGAAUCGACCGUUAGUGGAUAGUAGGUAAAAACGUACAUAAUAAUAUUAAUAAAAAGACAAUAGUUAUUACAGUAAUAAUAAUAAAUAAACCUACGGCUGCCGAUCAUGAUAUGAGCGAAGGAACGCGUAAACGUUUGUGCGAAAAAAAAUCUGGGUAAAAAUGGUGAUGAAACAUGUAUCAAAAACAAACACUUGAAGGGGACAUAUAUUUCAUGGAAGAGUGGGUCUAGACUAGCAGGUAGGACUGCGGAUAAGAGCGAUACACGCUUCACAGUCGCGGAAGUUGUGGGCACUUGAUGUUAGGUCGAUGCAUCAAGAAUGGGUGUGUGUGUGUGUGAGAAUGCUUGUUGUACGGGAAACAGAUAUGUUUGGCGCGGUUAUUGUUACAACGAACGGUUAAAAAACAGGAAAGGAAGUGAACCUAACAACAAAAGGGAAUCUCACAAGGAAUAAAAGACAAAAAUUGAGCCUUAAAGACUACUACACCAAAAACUGUUACAAUAGUAGCGAAUAGUUUGUUAGAUGUCAUUUAACAUCAACAUAAUGAUUCACAAUGAUAAGCAGACGUUCAGAUUGAGAACGGACGAGAGUGAAUAGACAACAAAAACAGAAGGAAAGCAAGCAAAAGUCAUCAAAAGGCCAUAGAAAUGGUGUGGCACGCUGAAUAAUGUGCACAACACACAUCAGAAAUACGGCAACCAAUGCAUAGAGAUAACAACAACCGCGACAAUAUAUAAAAGACCCCAUUUGUAAGAUAGUUUAAUGCUUAUGUACAAAAUCCAGCUGGCAGAGUCACUGUGAAUAUGUUCAGCGUUGAUAAAUAAAGUUAUUAAAAUAUGAUACAUUAUUCUAUA